GCCCGGCGCUUUUGCGCGGUGAGUUUGAAACUGCUGGGUCCUGACCCGGGGCGGCUCUGCACGCCCAGAGUUGCUACGUAGACCCGGAGUGCAGCCGUGGCCGCUGCGGGACAAGAGCCGGGGUCUGUUAUAACCCGUUAAGUGACUAUGGAGGACUACAUCAAAAUAGAGAAAAUUGGAGAAGGUACUUAUGGAGUUGUGUAUAAGGGUAGACACAAAACAACAGGUCAGGUGGUGGCCAUGAAGAAAAUCAGGCUAGAGAGUGAAGAGGAGGGAGUGCCAAGUACUGCAAUUCGGGAGAUUUCCUUAUUGAAAGAACUGCGUCAUCCUAAUAUAGUCAGCCUGCAGGAUGUGCUCAUGCAGGACUCCAGGUUGUAUCUCAUCUUUGAAUUCCUUUCCAUGGAUCUCAAGAAGUACUUGGAUUCUAUCCCUCCUGGUCAGUUCAUGGAUUCUUCCCUUGUUAAGAGUUACUUGUACCAAAUCCUCCAGGGAAUUGUGUUUUGCCACUCCAGACGGGUUCUUCACAGAGACCUAAAACCUCAGAAUCUAUUGAUUGAUGACAAGGGAACAAUCAAGCUGGCUGAUUUUGGCCUUGCUAGGGCUUUUGGAAUUCCUAUCAGAGUCUACACACACGAGGUGGUGACACUCUGGUAUCGCUCUCCGGAAGUGUUGCUGGGGUCCGCCCGCUACUCGACCCCAGUCGACAUCUGGAGCAUAGGCACCAUCUUUGCAGAGCUGGCCACGAAGAAGCCGCUGUUCCACGGGGACUCGGAGAUCGACCAGCUCUUCAGGAUCUUCCGAGCCUUGGGCACGCCCAACAAUGAAGUGUGGCCGGAAGUGGAGUCUCUCCAGGACUACAAGAACACGUUCCCCAAGUGGAAGCCAGGGAGCCUUGCCUCCCACGUCAAAAACCUGGAUGAAAACGGCUUGGAUUUGCUCUCGAAAAUGCUGGUCUAUGAUCCUGCCAAACGAAUUUCUGGCAAAAUGGCACUGAAGCACCCGUAUUUUGAUGACUUGGACAACGGGAUUAAAAAGAUGUAGCUUUCUGUGAAGCAUGGAACAGAUAGUCUGGCUUUUACUCUUGGCUCUCUUGCUGUCUUGUACAUUUUCUUGUCUUUGUUGUGAAACAGCUGUGCUUCAUCUUCUAAUUUCAUAUGUUUAACUUAAAGUGUAAAUAUUGUUUCAUAUGAAUUUAAAUAUAAUAAUUCUGUAUAUGUGUUUA